ACAUGGUUGCCCAUUGCUCGCUUUCAGAGCCAGUCCUCCUCACCUGGAGCUACGCUUAUAAUGAACCAGUUUUCCGUGUAGGAAGCUCUACAGAAGACGCUCUGUUUCGGUUACUGGAGCAGAGUGAAAGCAGGACGGAACCUUCCAGCUGAGAUAAGCCCGGGUUUCGCUGGGGGUUUUUGUUGCGUCAUUGAAAGUCGCUUUUUUAAACUUAGUUUUUUUUUUCUUCAUUCCUGUGAGAUUCUAACUUGGUUGGGCUGUCUCCUCUGGGCUUCCAUUCGAUUUUAAAGUUCGUGAUUUCAGUGUUUUAGCCCAAAGCGCAGUUUUUUGCCCCCCGAACGUUAUCUACCAGCGACUUUCUAGUUGCUGAGAACCAAAUCAAACACGGCUUCAGCAACGAGGUAGCAGAGGGGCAACUCGCAGGAUAUGGACAUGGACUCGAGCAAAGCUGGAGGCGUGAUCGCCUACAUCAGCUCCUCCAGCUCUGCCUCCAGCCCAGACUCCUGCCACAGCGACUCCUCCAACGGCAGCUACCAGUCGUCCUCGCCUCGGCGUGGCUCCUCGCCCAGCCGGGGGCGGCCGGGCCAGCUGAUGGACCCGCCGCUCGCCGUCGGUCGCCAGAACCUUCCGGGGUCUCAAGGAGGCGGCCGCUCCUCAUCCUCGGGAAAAUGUGGGAUCACAAAAAUCAACGGCCUGGUGCUGCUGUGUAAGGUGUGCGGCGACGUGGCCUCUGGUUUCCACUAUGGGGUCCACGCCUGCGAGGGCUGCAAGGGCUUCUUCAGGAGGAGCAUCCAGCAGAACAUCCAGUAUAAGAAGUGCCUUAAGAGUGAGAGCUGCCCCAUCAUGAGGAUGAACAGGAACCGCUGCCAGCAGUGCCGCUUCAAGAAAUGCCUCAUGGUGGGGAUGUCCCGAGACUCUGUGCGCUUCGGUCGGAUCCCCAAGCGGGAGAAGCAGCGCAUGCUGCUGGAGAUGCAGAGCGCCAUGAACAGCAUGAUGAGCGGCGGCCAUCUGCAGAGCGAGCUGAGUCAGCCGCACGCCGCCGGCGAGGCUGCCCCGCUAACCGCCGCCGCUGAGAAGGCCGGCCCCGCCCCCUCCCCUUCAGGCUCCAGCCAGUCGGACUCCAGCUCCGACCCCGACGGUGCCGUUCCCAUGGAUACCGGCUCCAGCUCGCCGUCCCCCAGUGUGUCGGACAGCGGCGAGGACGAGGUGAUUGGCUCGGUGACCAGGGCCCAUCAGGAGACGUUCAUGUACAACCAAGAGCAAGGCAGCCGGGCCCCCGAGGGCCCGCCCAGACCCCUCAACAGGGACUUAAACCAAGCCGCCCCCGUCCAGCUCUCAGAGCAGGGCCGGGACGUCUGGAACCACCGCAACAACUCUGUCAACAUGGCGGGACACAGCCUCCUGUCCAUCCUGGGACAGCCUCACAGCCAGCUGGACAACCAGUGUCCAAUCAGAGCGUCCCGCAGCGCCGGCAGCAGCCACAGCCCUGCCUACAUACACGGAGCCGUCAGAGCUCUGCCCACUGAGCCCUGUCCCGGCGGCGUCUACAGCGGGGGCGCCUGGAGAGGAGGCAGCAGAAUGUACCUGGUCUGUCCAAUGAAUACAUCCCCUCAAGUGGACCCACACAAGUCGGGCCAGGAUGUGUGGGAGGAGUUCUCCCACAGCUUCACCCCUGCUGUCAGGGAGGUAGUGGAGUUUGCCAAGAAGAUCCCCGGCUUCAGGGAGCUGUCCCAGCAUGACCAGGUCAGCCUGCUGAAGGCUGGCACCUUCGAGGUGCUGGUGGUCCGCUUCGCCUCGCUGUUCCAUGUGAAGGAGCGCUCCGUCACCUUCCUGGGGGGACAGAAGUACAGCGUGGACGCUCUGAGGACCAUGGGCUCCGGGGACCUGCUCAGCUCCAUGUUUGACUUCUGUGAGAAGCUGAUGAACCUGGGGCUGAGCGAGGAGGAGAUGAGCCUGUUCAUGGCUGUGGUCCUGGUGUCAGCCGACCGCUCCGGCAUCGAGAACGUGAACUCUGUGGAGGCGCUGCAGGAGACGCUGAUCCGCGCGCUGCGGAGCCUCAUCACCAGGAACCACCCCAAUGAGUCGGCCAUCUUCACCAAGCUGCUGCUGAAGCUGCCCGACCUGCGCUCCCUCAACAACAUGCACUCUGAGCAGCUGCUGGCCUUCAAGGUCCAUUCCUGAACUCUGGCACAGCCUGAACGGGCCCCGGGUUGGGCCCCGGCCCCGGGUCGGGCCCUGGGUCCUGCCCCGGCAGCUGUGCGUCCCCAUGCCGUACUGUAGGCUGACGCAGCCGCACCGCGCCACCUCCAUGUGUUGUGUUUGUGUGUAGCAGCUGUUCAGCGCUUAGAAGCACUUUCCUGUCUUGUGACUAAGGUUUCUGCAUUCAUAGUGCAAUAUGUGACUGCUUUGUUUGACAUGGACAGCGUAGCAGUGGUUUCCAGUGGCUUACACCACUCUGAAUGUUGUGGAGGCGCUGACACUUUCCAGGGGGCCAUCACAGAAGAGAGAAUGUAGCUGAAACUGAAUGAUGUCUUAUUUGACCCUUGUGUUGUUGUUGUCCAUGUUCUGAUCUAAGUGACUAAUCUGAUGACUGAUGGAUGGCACACUGACACUCUGGAUUCUCAGCUACUGAGAAGUUACUGCAGACACCAGCGGCUCCCCAGUGGCUGACUGGGCUCCGACCUGUUGGGUAGAACCUGACUAGUAUUAGUGAAGUAACUGAGCUGUCAGAGCUGCUGGUGUUCACAUCAUUUAGUUUAGUUUUUAAUAUCCAGAGCUUCUGUCAGCGUGUGGAACGGGUCGCAGGAAACCAAUUUCUAUAGAAAAGUAUAUAUAGAAUCUAAAUAUGUACUGUUAUACAUGACCAUAUAGAUGACUAUCUAUAAAAAUAAAUUUUAUAAGUGAGGUGAAGUU